AUGCCGGGCGCUGCGGCCGGCCAGCCCCCGGGCUACGGGGGGGCUGUGGACAGCGGGCCCUCCAGCUACCUCCUGUCCUCCAGCCACAUCCGGCCCAACGGAGCCCCCGCCCUGGAGAGCCCCCGCAUCGAGAUCACCUCGUACAUGGGACUGCACCAUGGCAACAACCAGUUCUUCCACGACGUGGAGGCGGGAGACGUCAUUCCCAGCUCCAAGCGGCCCCCCUCGACGGCCACCCUGAAUCUGCCCAACCUGGAGGCCUACCGGGACCCCUCGUGCCUGAGCCCGGCCAGCAGCCUGUCUUCCCGCAGCUGCAACUCUGAGGCCUCGUCCUACGAGUCCAACUUUUCGUACCCCUACGCGUCCCCGCAGACGUCCCCGUGGCAGUCGCCCUGCGUGUCCCCCAAGACCACAGACCCCGAGGAGGGCUUCCCCCGCGGCCUGGGCGCCUGCGGCCUGCUGGGGUCCCCCAGACACUCGCCCUCCACUUCGCCCCGCACGAGCGUCACGGAAGAGAGCUGGCUGGGGGCCCGCACGUCCCGGCCGUCGUCCCCCUGCAACAAGAGGAAGUACGGCCUCAACGGCCGGCAGCUCUCUUGCUCCCCGCACCACUCGCCCACGCCGUCCCCGCGCAGCUCGCCGCGGGUCAGCGUCACCGACGACACCUGGCUGGGCAACAGCACGCAGUACACCAGCUCCGCCAUCGUGGCCGCCAUCAACGCCCUGAGCACCGACAGCACCCUGGAGCUGGGCGACGGCGUCCCCGUGAAGGCGCGCAAGACCGCCCUGGACCGCUGUCCCUCGGUGGCGCUCAAGGUUCCUGCCCGAGGAGGUCCCCCCCUUCCAGCACAUCCGGAAGGGCGCCUUCUGCGACCAGUACCUGUCGGUGCCGCAGCACCCCUACCAGUGGGCCAGGCCCAGGUCCCCGACAUCCUACACCAGCUACACGGCUACUUGGAGAACGAGCCGCUCACGCUACAGCUGUUCAUCGGGACCGCUGACGACCGCCUGCUGAGACCCCACGCCUUCUACCAGGUGCAUCGGAUCACGGGCAAGACCGUGUCCACCACCAGUCACGAGGCCAUCCUGUCCAACACCAAAGUCCUGGAGAUCCCGCUGCUGCCGGAGAACAACAUGAGAGCCAUCGUGGACUGCGCCGGGAUCCUGAAGCUCAGAAACUCGGACAUCGAGCUGCGCAAAGGGGAGACAGACAUCGGGAGAAAGAACACCAGGGUGAGGCUGGUCUUCCGGGUCCACAUCCCGCAGCCCAACGGCCGGACGCUGUCCCUGCAAGUGGCCUCGAACCCCAUCGAGUGCUCCCAGCGGUCGGCCCAGGAGCUGCCCCUUGUGGAGAAGCAGAGCGCGGCCAGCUGCCCCGUCCUCGGCGGGAAGAAGAUGGUCCUGUCCGGCCAUAACUUUCUGCAAGACUCCAAGGUCAUUUUCGUGGAGAAAGCACCAGACGGUCACCACAUCUGGGAGGCUGAGGCAAAGACGGACAGAGGCCUGUGCAAGCCGAAUUCGUUGGUGGUCGAGAUACCGCCUUUCCGCAAUCCGAGAAUAACGAGCCCCGUCCAAGUCAGUUUCUACGUCUGCAACGGGAAGAGGAAGAGGAGCCAGUAUCAGCACUUGACCUACCUUCCUGCGAACGCUCCAACCAUAAAAACAGAGCCCGCAGACGACCACGAGCCUGCCCUGACCUGUGGGCCAGGGGGCCAGGGCCUGAGCCCGCUCCCGCAGCCGCGCUUCAGCCAGCAGCUCGUGGUGCCACCCGACCCGGGCUCCUGCCUGGUGGCCGGCUUCCCGCCCUGUCCGCAGAGAAGCACCGUGGUGUCGCCGCCACCCGGCACCGGCCAGGAGCUCCACGACCUGUCUUCUGCUGCCUACGGCAAGGGCACGGCCAGCCAGGGCCACGGCCACCUUGGACUUCAGCGGCCGGCCGGAGGGGUGCUCGCCGUUCGGGAGACGCCGAGGCCUGUGGGCGUGCACCCUGGGCCCCCCCAGCAGCCGCCCCCCGCCCUGCUGCAACCACAGUCCUGCAGCCCUACCCGCCCAUCCGAGAUGGGCCGCCAGCAGCACCGACUGCCGAAGGCUCCGAGGAGCGAGUCUGCAGCCCCCCGGCCCCCGCCGCUGCCCGAGGUGCGUGAGGACAGUAGUCAUAGUCUGGCUCCCUUUCCCGUAACGGUCAAGCGAGAGCCUCAGGAGCUGGACCAGCUGUACCUGGACGACGUAAAUGAGAUCAUCCGGAACGAUCUCUCCAGCACCAACAUCUGAUCGUAGCUGGCGACACGGAACUCGCUCCGAAGCCGCGUGGUGUCGACUCGGCCGCUGACCGUUGAGCUUCGGCACCAGGACUUCAAAUAAACUGAGCAGAGCCCUGGUGCCGGUCAGACCCCCGGCUUCAUGAAGAUUUGCAUUGUCCGCUCACAGAAGCUGCCCAGCGGCUGGUGGGACGGGCCACUCCUCCCAUGUCAAGACCGAAAGGGGCACGCCUCCCACGGGGGGACUCCAGCGCUGGAAGUGCCUUAUUACACAGACCCCAGCAUCGGGGCGCCACGGGGGAGCCCUGAGUCUGCUACCAGGAGAGUAUUUGUAGGAGCAGAAGCUAUAAAGACACUUCAUCCUGAGGCUUUCUCUUGUAUAAAUUAGGAGAAUACUGGCAAGCUAGGUAGGCAUUGUGAGAAAUACCUCACACGUGCUUCCUGCUUUUUUUCUCGGCUUUCCUCGGGCUGCAGCGUGCAAUCUGUUGCCUCAUUCGGUGCAUCGUAGAGAUCUUCUGCUUUGUCCUCGCUCUCGUCACCUGCCCCCUCCCCCGUGUUACUGGAACCAUAGGAUCGUUAAUUGUAGCAUGCUAGGGUUUUGUUUUUAAUCUGGCUUUGAGCGUAGCGCGAGUAAGAUGAUAGUACAAGAUAGGUUGCUGGACGAAAAGAGAAGUCCGUCUGCCACACGACAGCUCUUGCGUUUGCAUGUAUGUACAGAUUUGGCACAUAUUUAAGUACAAAUAAUAACGACAGAGGCGGUGACGUCCGGUCUUUGCCCAGCGAGGGCUGCCGUGUCAGCAGCAGUAACCAGCGUCCGUUCCAGAAGGUGCAUCUAAGACAAAGCCUGGCUUUUCAGCUGCGUGCACCGGGGCCCACGUCCCUCCAGCGGGCCUUCGUCGUCUCGUGCUGUCAGCCGAGCACUUUAGAAAGCCAGGAGGCGUGUGUUCUCAAUGCCUGGAUGCUACCAAAUGGCAGGUGGGAAAGUCACUGUAAAUAACAUCACAAGAGGAGUGUAAUAUAUUUGUUCAGCUGUAAGAUUAUUACUUCACAGAAGCCUUAUAUCUCUGCUUCAUCUAAGACAACGAUUACCAAAAACGUUUUAACAUGCAGCGACUGUAGUAUGUUUUCCAACUAGUUACUGUUAACGGAUAGGUUGGUGUAAGCUUUACUACUGCGUUUGUGCAAUUAACAGCUUAUUACACGUUGUUACUAGCAGUGACCUGUUGUUCCACGUAACCAAAAAGCAUGGUCUAAUUGGCUAACCUAAUAAUUGUGCCUUAGGAAUUCAUGCCCCCUCAUGGAACAUGCCUGAAUUGCACCCGCCGGCGGAGGUCGUAAGUUACAAUAACGAAACAUAGCGUCACGGUAGAGAACGCUCUCCCACAGGAACGAUGAUUUUAAAACUGCUCUUCAGUGUGGUUAUGUCUGAUUCCUGUCUGACUCCCAGAAAGGACACGGCCCCGAAAGCCACAUCUGUAGCAUUUGCACACAACUGUCACGGGCGACGGUGCAUGGCUCCUCGUAGACCUGACCCUGCUUCUCCCAGGCUGCUGCCCCGCCCGUAGCCCAGACCGCAGCCCGCAGUUAGCGCCCCAGGACUCGCAUGGAACACUUCUCAGUAGGCUGUCCUAAGGAGAGGAGACGUUUGGUAUUCGUGUCCGCUGUCUGUGCUUAGGAAAUAGAUCCAAUAAAGCAAUAUUUUUUUGCUGGAC